AUGUCUUCAUUCUAUCCUCUACCUCAUUUACCGUCGACACGGCGAUUUGUCACAGGCCAUUCGGCAGACGGGAAAGCAAUAUUCACUCACGACGACUACAUCACUGCUGUCAACCCACGCGCAGACAUUUCGCCCGAGAAUGAACAUUCCGUUCCCGGGUUAUAUCUCGUACAUCGAACGACAAAGUAUCCUGUUGAUCCGCAGGGACCGGAAUAUGAACUAUCCAACGAAAACCUCGCUCGCUCAAAGAAUGCGCGUGGUGACAUUAUUUGUGAAAUAGUUGACGUUCCACCACUGUCGAUUUCUAGUGAUGUGAAUGUGGAAGAAAACCCAGUCAUUAUGCAUCGUAAUCAAAGUUUGGAUUAUGGUGUGAUCUUGAAAGGAUCGAUCACGCUUAUCCUUGACGAUGGGGUGGAGAAAACAUUAUCAGAAGGCGAUGUUUUUGUGCAGAGAGGAACGAUGCAUGGCUGGAAGAACACUGGUAGUGAUCAUUGCCGUUUCAUGACUGUCAUAAUUCCAUCUGCUCCUGUCAAGACUAGCGAGUCGGGUAGCGUAUUACAAGCUACCAAAUUUCCUGGUCUGACGGAUUGA